GUAAUCGUAAAGAGGAAACGUUUUUAUUCUGAGGUCGUGAUAUGAACGAGCAGAAGAAGAACAAGCAGAUGCUACUAACACUUCCUGUGUGGAUCUAGGUUUUUUAUUUCAUAUUUAUUCUCUUUCUCCAUGUGAGGGACGCGUCCCGUGUUCUCAGCCCGGUUCCUGCAUCCCUCCCUCGGCCAGCGCUCCGCUCCGCGCUCCGCUCCCCCGCACAGCAGCUAGCUUACCCGCGGUGCCACAGCCGCUGCUCGCCCCGCAGCGGAGAGGGAACAAGGUGCCUCUUACCCGGGACUUGAAUUCUUCAUAAACACGCUGAGGAACCACUCUCCUGGGGGUUCCCAUCUGAUGGAGCAGUGCUUGUCUGCCCACCAUGUUUCCUUGUCACGUAAGCCCCUGGCCCUCUGCUGAGCCACCGGCCUCUUGCGGCAGUCAUGCACCCCAGGCGCAGCCCUCACAACCCCUCCCUGACCUGCUGUGCAGCUGUCCCGCUCCACCUUUGAACACCACCUCUCAGACGCCAUCCCCGGACCCCAUGGAGUCCCUCAUAGUGAUCACGGAGUACGAACCCAGCAGGCCGACUGGGGAGGAGGAGGUAGAAGAUAUGGACAGUUCUGAGACGCCCGAGCCGGCUUCCUCUGUGGCGGCGCCCUUCCCAACCUCCUCCUGCGACCUGCUGUCCCACACAGUUUGCCGGUCGGCGUCUCUGCUCCCCGAGAGCCAAGAGCAAAGGGGAAGAUUGAACAUGUCAGACAGGAAACUAUCUCUGCAGGAGCGCUCGCAAAGCUUGGCAUCGCCCUGCAGCUCACCGGGACUCAACGGGCGCUACAUUUACCCAUCCUUACCGUACUCACCCAUCACAUCACCCCACUCUUCUCCACGGUUUCUCCGCCGACCCACUGUGGAGUCCCACAGUGUUUCUAUCACAGACCUCCAGGACUGUGUUCAACUUAACCAGUAUAAGCUGAAGGAUGAGAUUGGAAAGGGCUCCUAUGGUGUUGUGAAGCUGGCGUACAAUGAGGACGACAACACCUACUAUGCGAUGAAGGUGUUGUCCAAGAGGAGGCUGAUGAGGCAGGCAGGUUUCCCACGAAGACCUCCCCCUCGUGGAGCCAAAGCAGCCCCUGAGGGCCCCCCUCAUCUUAAAGGUCCCCUGGAGCGGGUCUAUCAAGAGAUUGCCAUCCUGAAAAAGCUGGACCAUUCCAAUGUAGUAAAACUAGUGGAGGUUUUGGACGACCCCAGCGAGGACCAUCUGUACAUGGUGUUUGAGCUGGUGAAGCAAGGGGCUGUGAUGGAGGUACCGACAGAUAAACCUUUAAGCGAGGACCAGGCACGCUUCUACUUCCAGGAUCUGCUCAGGGGAAUUGAGUAUUUACAUUACCAGAGGAUCAUCCACAGAGACGUCAAACCCUCCAACCUGUUGGUGGGAGAAGACGGACACAUCAAGAUAGCGGACUUUGGAGUCAGUAACCAGUUUGAGGGAGCCGAUGCUCUUCUGACCAGCACAGUGGGAACUCCUGCUUUCCUGGCACCCGAAGCUCUGUCAGAAACCAGGAAGAACUUCUCUGGAAAGGCUUUGGAUGUUUGGGCCAUGGGAGUGACACUUUAUUGUUUCGUCUUUGGAGUGUGUCCUUUUAUGGAUGAGCGCAUCCUCAGUCUUCAUCAGAAAAUCAAGACACAGCCUGUGGUGUUACCUGAACAAGCUGACAUAUCAGAUGAUCUCAAAGAUUUGUUGCUGAAAAUGUUGGACAAGAAUCCAGAGACCAGGAUAUCAGUCGCACAGAUUAAGGUGCAUCCGUGGGUAACAAGGCACGGUGCGGAGCCACUUCCUCCAGAGGAUGACAACUGCUGUAUGCUGAUCGAGGUCACGGAGGAGGAGGUGGAGAAUUCUGUUAAACACAUUCCCAGCCUGGCUACAGUGAUCAUGGUGAGAACUAUGCUGAGGAAGCGUUCUUUUGGGAACCCCUUCGACUGGGGCCGCAAAGAGGACCGCGGCAGCUUAUGUGCUCCAGGGCAGACGCUCAUGAAAGGCAGAGCAGGCAAAGUGAAAUACUGCUACAUACACUGUAAACAAAGAAGGAAGCAGGAGAGUGCUGAUGGCAUGAGGAGUCUGGACCUGCCCUAUGUAGGAGAAGACGAGGCUCUCUCCUGAUGCACAGGGUCCACAAUCCACGACGCCCCACUGCACGACACCCCUUUACUCGCGCUUUUAUACUGGCGGCCUACGCCCACAUACAUUUCCUGGUGGAGGUGGAGCGGACGCAGAGAAAAGAGAGAAAGUGACGGAUCUGAGGCACUUUGACGACCAUUUGCUUGUUCUCCAUUUCCCGAGGCUUUAAAGGGGGACUUGUAGAGAGGAUCCUCCUGAACAUUGCACUUGUCUGCAGCUCUCAUCACCCAAACCAGUCUCCUCUCUUCUUACCCUGCAUGCAUGUAUAGUUUGUGCAUGCUUCGUCUCAGGCUUCAACUGUACAGUUUUGUGUUUUACUUGUAGUUUAGCCACUCGUGUUUCCUCCUUGUCCUCACUUGACGAUACUUUCAGGUAACGGGUGGCGUGGUUGACGGUUAAUGGUGAGGGAUGGUUGUAUUCGCCAUCACCUCGACCUGCUCUCCAUUGGAGCAGGUUUUCUUUGACAAUGAUUGUCUGGCUCGCUGUGCUUCAGAGCGGCAGUGCCCAGUUUUGUCAAAUAUUUCAGAGUGAAUCAUCUGGACAGUUUUCCCCCAAAAAAUGGAAAAAAAGGGCAGCGAUAAAAUGUUUACGCCACUGAAUGCAUGUGUUUACUUUCCCAAUGCAACACGGUAUAAGCUAUUUCUGAGCACUGGCACAGGACACACUUUGUUUGAUGCAAUUCUUUCUUAUUUCAGUCUUACCACUGGCUCUUAAAUGAGUCUUUCAUUUACUACAAUCAGUAGAAAGCUUUAAAAACUGUUGAUAUGUUGCUUUGCAAAUUCAUCAUUAAUAGCUUAGAUUUAAAAAGGGGAUUUCCUUCUUUGCAAAGCUUUUGCUUCAGUGAGACUUUUCUCAAGUGAGCAGUUGAAUAUUUGUUGGUAUUUGCUUGAUAUUUUUAAGCUAUUUAUAUUUCUCUGCUAUUAAUUGGACAAACAUGCACUUGUUUGCGGUUUCACACUGAAAAGAGAAAAUCGUGACUCUCCAACCUCACGUUCAAAUUGGGAAGGUUCUCACUUGUUUUGUUUUGUAUCAUAAGAAUCACAGUUUUUUUUUUAAAAACGCACAUUUUCAGGACACCAAAAAAACUUUAAUCAUAUAUAAUGUUGUAAAGUGCAGUACCUUAAACAGACAAACCUUUAAACUAUUUGUUCGUAUUAAAUUACCAGAGCUGCUGCAGCAUUUAAGUUUUGAGAGGGGAGAGCAUAGUGCAGCUGCAGAUGUGUUUUGUACAAAUCUAUGCAUAUCUAUAGAGGUGUUGAGCUGUUAUAAAGAAACUCUUUGUCAUCGUUGAUUGAAGGACUGGGCCAGUCUGCAAAUAUUUAUAUAUAAACUAACUAUAAAAUAUUUUUAUUUAUUUUCAUGUUUUUUCAUUUUUGAUGAUCCCAAAGCAGUAAAAAUUAGCACAUUUCCACUUUUGCUCCUUGUGUUUCCUCUUUGUUUUUCUUCAUUUUCUCUGGCAUUAGUGUACAAGUAGAGAUAGUCACGUGAUGUUAACAUAGAAUAACGACACAAUAUGGUUUGUAACAUUUCAAUGCUUCCACACAUGAAUGACUUCAGCACUUAAGUGUUGAAUGUAUAAGAAAAGGGACUUUGGAUUCAUUUAUUUUUUACCUUACUACUUGCAUGUCACUCUGAACUGUACCAAGUGUGUGUCUGUUGUCUGACUAGUACUAUGCAUAUGGUGUGUCUUUCUCUGUGUGGUGCAGUGGUGUCGCUCUGUCAGGUUGUCACAUGCAGUGUGCAAACUCACUCGGGACGGCUGUACGAGUUUGAAUCAUUCUCUUCACUUUUCUUUACCAGAUAUUUAAUUCAUGCUGCAAAUAGACACGAGCAAUCUGGAUUUAUAUUUUCCUUUAAAUUGCCAAUCGGAACUUUUUAAAACACACACCCCCUUUCUGUUUAUUAUAUUUGCAUGAUAAACAACGAUAGCUAACAAUAUUUUAAAGCCUGUCAUUAACUCAAUUAUUGCAGAAUAGCCAAAAAUGUAUUUCAGACUUUGCAAUGCCACCUCAUUUAAAUAUGCCUUCUACUCAUAAUUACACAUUCUGACAUACUGGAAGUUGCUGCAGAUUCAGAUUAAGCUUUUAAUUUGAGUGAAAUAAGGCAAGUUUACCUCUGGUGGGAAUAUUUUCCGUCCAUGACCAACAGGAAGUGAGGGAAGGACAGUUGACGUCUAAAUGCAGGGUGACGGUGCAAGACACAAAAAAAUGCGGUGUGAUAGAUAUUUUAUACAUACUAUUUAAAUAUUUAAACUUGUAGUUAACGCAUUUUUUGAAAAAGGCUACAGUAUGUGAUUAACAUUUAUUGUUCACAUGGUUUUGAAUUCUGUGGUGUAAUUCAUUUUAAUAAAGAGCUGUGGGGGUCUUCCCCCUGAAUGCAUGCCAACAUACUAUCACACAACACUGUAUUGUCAUAGCAUGUGAGGUCCUCGGCAACAAGACUGGACAUUUAAAUAAAUGAUUCCAUACAUACUGUAUCUUGAUCAUCAUUUGAAUAAAAUAUUAUUGCCUUUGUAA